AUGGGGAAGAGAAUGGCCUCACUAAUUACCACUCUUUUAGUGGUAUUAGUGUCUCUAAUUAGCUUCCCUUCCCAAACCACAGCCGACGAUUAUAAGUAUGCUUCUCCACCGCCACCGGUGAAGAAAUACUCACCGCCGCCUCCAAAGAAACCUUACGUCUACAAAUCACCUCCUCCACCGCCACCUCCCAAGAAACCCUACUACUACAAAUCCCCUCCGCCACCACCGCCUCCUAUAAAGCAAUACGAAUACAAAUCACCACCACCUCCACCGCCUCCUAAGAAGCAAUACGAAUACAAAUCGCCACCACCUCCACCACCACCAAAGAAGCACUACGAGUACAAAUCACCUCCUCCUCCACCACCUCCGAAGAAACCAUAUGUUUAUAAGUCUCCUCCGCCACCACCACCACCGGUUUACAAAUACAAAUCCCCACCACCGGUUUACAAAUACAAAUCCCCGCCGCCACCGCCACUGGUUUACAAGUACAAGUCCCCUCCACCGCCUCACUACUAG